ACAGUGGAUUUGGUUUGUUUACAUAAAACGCACCUAAAACUGGACCACAAGGGCCACAAAGGAACAAAUUAGACAAAAAGACAUGUCUUAAUGUAUUUCAUACCUAUUGCGCCCAGCUGUGGAGAACGUCCUCAUUCAUGCCCCAGACAGUUGAAGCAUGCUGGUAGUAACGUUAGUAUGCAGCCCAACAUAAUCAGAAGAGAUGCCGGAGUCUGGCAUCAAACGAAAAGCCUGCUUUACAAGAAUCUACUCAUCAAAUGGAGGACUAAACAACAGAGUCUGCAGGAGUUGAUCCUGCCGCUGCUGCUGCUGUGCCUGCUGAUUCUGAUCAGCACCCUGAACCCCCAUGUCUACUAUGGAGGCAUCAGUACCAUGGAGCUGGAGAGGGAGGACUACCACUUACUAAAGGGCCUGGGAUACACCCCCAUUAACAAUGCCACCAAUCACAUCAUGGAGGAGGUGGCCCAGGAAAUGCACUUGCAGGAUCGUCUGGAGAUGUUCUCUAGUGAAGAGGAUCUGGAGAAUGCCAGUCUUUAUGAGCCCUCAGGCUACGUUGGGGUGGUCUUCAUGGGCAGCACACCCACCUCUUACAAGUUGCGCUUCCCUUACAACCAGCUGCCCCUCCCCAGCGACUACACUGAGUCUAUUGCCAACUGUUUUGCCAGCUCAGUGAACUGCAGAGCAGCUAACUACUGGUACUCUGGCUUCAUCCGUCUCCAGACUCUCAUCGACGCUGCCAUCAUUCAGAUGCAGACCAAGCGGUCGGUGUGGAGUGAGAUGGACCACCUGCGUGUGGUGAUGAUGGGCCAGCCAGGGUCAGUUGAGGUCCAGAAGUUCCCCCACGCCCUCAUCUCCAUCUACCUGGUGCUGGCCUUCACACCCUUCAUCACCUUCCUCAUCGUCAACGUGGCAGCAGAGAAGGAACACAGGCUCAAAGACACCAUGACCAUGAUGGGUCUCUACGACUCUGCCUUCUGGCUAUCGUGGGGCCUGCUGUAUGCAGCUCUGGUCACCACCAUGUCCAUCCUCAUGUCCAUCAUCGCUACCUACACAGCCCUCUUCCCCAACAGUGACUUCAUCAUCAUCUUCCUCCUCAUCUUCCUCUACGGCAUCUCCUCUAUCUUCUUCUCCUUCAUGCUGACCCCUCUGUUUAAGAAGCCUAAGUUUGCCAGUACGGUGGGCUCAAUGCUGACUGUGGUGUUCGGCUGCCUGUCCCUGUUCACUGUCCUGAUGAAGGACUUUCCCCAGCCGCUGGUCUGGGUUCUCUGUCUGCUGUCCCCCAGCGCAUUCUCCAUCGGCAUCGCCCAGGUGGUGUACCUGGAGGCCCAGGGGGACGGAGCUGUGUUCUCUACCCUGGCCAACGGCCCCCAUCCCCUCUACGCCCCCCUUCUCAUGCUGAUCCUGGACUGUAUACUCUACCUGCUGCUGGCUGUCUACCUGGACCAGGUCCUACCAGGUGAGUUUGGCAUGCGGCGCUCCCUGGUCUACUUCCUAAAGCCGUCCUAUUGGUCCAAGCGCAGUAAGCGCUACGUCGAGGUGAGCUCUGUGUGCGAGACGGAGGUGAACGGGGCCCCAGGAGUGGAUGAGUCUGUGGAGCCCGUCUCUCCGGAGUUCAGGGGGAAAGAAGCCAUCCGCAUUAACAACAUCCGCAAGGUGUACAAAGAGAAGGACAGCAUCGUGGAAGCUCUGAGGGGCUUGACCUUUGACAUCUACGAGGGUCAGAUCACGGCCCUCCUGGGCCACAGCGGAGCGGGGAAGUCCACUCUGAUGAACAUCCUGUGUGGGAUCUGCCCUCCGACCGACGGCCACGCCUCCAUCUACGGCUCCCCGGUGGCAGAGAUCGCUGAGGGGGCAGAGAUGAAGCAGCUGGUUGGCAUCUGCCCUCAGUUCAACAUCAUCUUUGACGUGCUGACUGUAGAAGAGCACCUGAGGAUAUUCGCUGCCAUUAAAGGGAUUCUCCCCUCUGACAUUGACAAUGAGGUCUCCAAGGUGCUGAAGGAUCUAGAUCUGGAGAAGAUCAUGGACGCCCAGGCUAAGAACCUGAGUGGAGGCCAGAAGAGGAAACUGUCUGUGGGCAUAGCCAUUCUGGGAGACCCCAAGAUCCUGCUCCUGGAUGAGCCUACGGCUGGUAUGGACCCCUGUUCCAGACACCAGGUGUGGUCUCUGCUGAAGAGUCGCAGAGCAGGCAGAGUCACAGUGCUCAGCACACAUUACAUGGACGAGGCAGACAUACUGGCUGACCGCAAAGCUGUGAUCUCUCAGGGCCAACUCAAGUGUGUUGGUUCUUCCCUAUACCUCAAGACCAAGUGUGGAGUAGGAUACCACCUCAGAAUGUCUAUUGGUGAACGGUGCGAGGUGGAUAGUGUCACCUCAUUGGUCAAGCACCACGUCCCCAAGGCGCAGUUGUCACGGCAACAAGAGGCUGAGCUGACGUUCACCCUCCCUUUCGAAAGCAUGGACACCUUUUCAGGAUUGUUCUCAGAACUAGACUGCAGGCCAGACCUGGGCAUCAUCAACUACGGGGUGUCCAUGACAACGCUGGAGGACGUGUUUCUGCGUCUGGAGGCUGAGGCUGAGGUGGACCAGGCUGACUACAGUGUGUUCAACCAGGAGCAGGUUGAGGAUGAUGGUGAUGCAUCCUCUCUGGACGACACUGACCAAAGACUACUGACCUUCUCUGACAGCAAGCCAGAGGCGGUCCAGGGCCAUGCUCUUUGGAGGCAGCAGUUCAGCACCGUGGCCUGGCUACACAUGCUCAACAUGCAGAGAGAGAGGAAGGCCUUUGUCUACACUCUGGCAUUGUUCCUGGUCUUCCUAGCUGCUGUGCUAGUGUUGUCUCUGGCUACGGGGAACAUCCAGAUCCACGCUCCAGAACGCCAGUUUGUCCCUAUCUACCUGCUGAGACCGAACCAGGCCCCCCGGAAAUACACCACCAGUCUACUGGUCCAGAACUCAUCAGGCUCAGAUAUCUCCGACUUCAUCCAUAACCUGGAAUCUCAGGACAUCAAGGUAGAGAUGAUGAAGAACACAGACUACAUGUCCUGUGCUCCUCACAGCGCAGCCAUCAACGUCACCGGAUCCAACAAGGGUUUUAGAUACAGUGUAGCGUUCAACAGUACUACCGUCCACUCUUUGCCCAUGACAGUCAACGUCCUCAGUAACGCCAUCCUACGAGGCCUCAACGGCACACAACACAUCAACACCUGGACCAAGCCCUUCGACUAUCAAAUUCCCGACGCCACGUCCUAUGCUCUGGUCUACAUCGAGGCUAUCAUACUGGGAAUGCUAGCUGCGGGCAUGCCUGCCUACUUCGCCAUGGACCACACCCGAGACAGAGAGAUAAAGUGCCGUUCAACGCUGCGUAUCUCUGGCCUGGUCCCGUCUGCGUACUGGUGUGGUCAGGCUGCGGUGGACAUCCCCUUCUACUACCUCAUACUGACCACCAUGACCAGCAUCCUCUUCUCCUUCCAUACUGCCAACCUGCUCACCUCCAGCAACGUCACCGCAGUGAUCCUGUGUCUGAUAGGUUUUGGUCCAGCUAUGAUCCUGUUCGCCUAUGUGGUGUCUUUCAUGUUCACACGCGUCCAGAGUAACAGAGACUUCUUCUCUGUGGUCUCCAUGAUGGUGUGUGUGGUGUCUGCCUCCAUCGUCCAGCUGUCAUUUGUGAACGACAACCCUGGGCUGACAAGGAUCCUCCACAAUACACUAUGUUUCUUCAACCCUCUCUACCCCUUAAUGGGCUGCCUUAACUCUAUCACCAAGGCCACCUUUCUGCCCUCCCUCUAUGAAGAGGACUUCCUCUGGAAGAACCUGCUCAUUGCCGUCCUAUCUCCCUAUCUGCAGUGCAUCCUGCUGCUGUUCAUGCUGCGCUGGUUGGAGAUCCGCUACGGAGGGAGGACCAUGAAGAAUGACCAGUUCUGCAGGAUCUCUUCCAAGACUAAGGCUAAAGUGGAGCGUAACCCGGAGGAGGGGAUCAACGAGGAUGAGGAUGUUCAGAUGGAAAAGGCUCGGGUGAAGGAGGCCCUCACCUGCCAGUGCUGUGAGGAGAAACCAGUAGUGGUGGUGAGUAACUUGAGGAAGCAGUAUAAAUGUCAACGGGAAGGCAUCUCUCUCAAGAAGAAGAGGAUGGUAGCCACCAAGAACAUCUCCUUCUGCGUACGCAAAGGUGAGGUGCUUGGACUGUUGGGGCCCAACGGAGCAGGGAAAAGCACCAUCAUGCAUAUGUUGUCUGGAGACACAGACCCAACCGCUGGACAGGUCCUGAUGGGGGACUACAGUACAGAGUUCCGUCCAGUAGACAACCCCCUGGAGCAUAUAGGCUACUGUCCCCAGGUCAGCCCUCUGUGGCCCCGCAUCACCCUGGAGGAACACCUGGAGAUCUACGCUGCCAUCAAGGGCCUCCGCGGACAGGACGUCCCUGGCAUCAUCACACGUGUGGUGAAUGCUCUGGAGCUGAAGGACCACCUCCACAAGCAAGCAAAGAACCUAUCAGCUGGGAUCAAGAGGAAGUUGUGCUUUGCUCUCAGCAUGUUGGGGAACCCUCAGAUAGUUCUGCUGGAUGAGCCUUCUACAGGGAUGGACCCCAAGUCCAAACAACGCAUGUGGAGGGCUAUCCGGGCAGCGUUUAAGAACCGCCAGCGUGGGGCCAUUCUGACCACUCACUACAUGGAGGAGGCUGAGGCUGUGUGUGACCGCGUGGCCAUCAUGGUGUCAGGGCAGCUCAGGUGUAUUGGGUCUAUCCAGCACCUGAAGGGGAAGUAUGGGCGUGGCUACAGCCUGGAAGUGAAGCUGAGAGAGGAGCUGACGGGGCUCCAGCAGGUGGCACUGCUCCACAAGGAGAUCCGACGAAUCUUUCCUCACGCUGCAAGACAGGAGAGCUUUGCCACGCUGAUGGUUUACAAGAUCCCCAUGGAGGAUGUCAAGUCACUGGCCAAGUCCUUCUCUCAGCUAGAGAGUGCUAAGCAAGCCUUCAACUUUGAAGAGUACAACUUUUCACAAUCUACCUUAGAGCAGGUCUUCAUGGAGUUUGCUAAGGAGCAGGAGAACGAGGAGGAGGAGGUGGGUUCCCUCAGCACCACGUUCCAGUGGCAGCGGCUCCGCCAGGAUGGCCCUGUGCCUGUCAACCACCCAGACAGCAUCGUGCACCAGCUGUGAGCUCCACUAGGGGGAGGCUGUCUGUGGCUGGCUCCCAUUCUCCCUGCCUACAUGGCACUAACCUCGUCCCCAGGCUAAAGAGGCUGGGAUCGAGAUUACUAUGGCACAGGCUAUGCCAGCCCUGGCAGUGCACUCACCCCUCACCUCACCGGCUCACACCACCACCCACCACCAGCCCAAACUAAUAGGACAAGAUGGGCGUCACAGUACGGACGGACGCCCCUAUGGACAUGGCCCUGGAGGGCUAGCAACCAUACACUCACACCGGAACUGUGUGUGUCUGUGUGGGAUGGGAGGUCUCUCUGGGGCUGAGGUGUGUGAGUUGUCCGAACUACUGUGUGUUUUCUGACCUUUGCACUGACUAACCAAGGGGCCUGCUCCGCUCCGCUCCACCCAACCAGAAUCUCCCUCCUCUGAUGACGCACUGAUACGACCUACUCCGGUUUUUCAAUAGGUUUUAGUUUUUUUUAAAUCUGAAUUCACAGGGAGUUGGUAUAUAUGGAGUAUUUAUUGAUUCCUUUUAUUUUCCAUCCAUUUCCCUACCUGGGGUAACCUCGUACCUAGGCAAAUUGGAAAUGUCUAGUGAACAAGAUUAUCCAUGGGGAAUCAGUGCAGUAAGUGUGUUUGCUCGUGUCUUCCACUGUGUUUGUGAAACUAUAUGUGUGUUUUAUAACAACACCAGUCCAGUUCUGGCUCUAGAUCCACUAGAACCAAAGCAGCACAUCCCUAUUCACUCACACACUCCUAACCUAACACGUUGACACUAAGGUGCUUUUAGCGUCUGUAGCAUGAUGUGGACUAUAUUUGUGUCGUAGUUGUGUAGGUUGCUUGUUCUGUACGUGUGAGUACAGAUAAACUACUGACAGAUCAACUGACAGAUCAACUGACAGAUCUCCAGUACAGACAGAGUUACUGGCAGAUGGAGUGGCCUUUUUUCGUUGCAAAAGAGGAAACCCAGCAGAACUGGAGCUCCAGUCCCUCUCCUCCCAUGCAUCGCCCUCUGGUGGGUGUGAAGAAAAUCACACCUCACUCUGGCUCUGCCUCUUCUGCACUAAGGGUUUGCUGCUGUUACUCUCUGGCUGCAUCUGAAAUGGCACAAUAUUCACUACUUGCUCUGGUCAAAAGUAGGGUACCAUUUCUGACGCAGCCUCUGUGUUUCUGUGGGGCACUGUGAGUACUGUGUCUCCUCUAUACACCAGCAUGCAUUUCAGUGUUGUUCAGGCCCAUUGUAUACUAUAACCACAGCUCUCCCCAGUUCUCAUAGACAAGGAGAAAGAGGCCUCCUUUUGAAUGACUUAACAUGCUUGUCUGAGAGGAAGAAGUAUGGAUAAAUAAGGGGAAGAUGGUCAGUCUUGUAUUAUAAUGAUGCAUAAAAGGCACAAGUGUAGGGUUUAGUAUGGAGGGUUUAGGGUGGAGGGUUUAGGACAUGUACUCACACUGCCCAGUGGCCUUCCACUCCUACAAUACUUUAGUGUCUGAAUAGGAAGGAUAGCUUGGCAAUGUAGUAUCUUAAAUGCACAUCAGUAUAUGUAGCACUCUGGCUUCAUCAAACAUUUGGUAUGGGAACCAAGUCACCAACCUAGAGAAUCAAUCAAUUGGAAGAAUAUGGUUUGGAAGAGUAUGUCUUGUUUUUAUUUUAUUAUUAUGAUAGCUUUUUGUUCUUUUAUCUUGGCCAGGUGUGCUCAAAUGGGUAUUUUGUGACAAUGUUGAAUUUUGAAUGUAUGAAAUCAUGUCUCCAAAAAGAGGCUUCUUAUUUUAUCUAGGUGAUUAUGAGUUUUUGAUGUUCUGUUGGACUGUAAGGAGCUCAGUUUUCACUCUGUGUCACUCUGGUGCCACUUUUAACCACAGAUAUAUUUUAUUAUUUGUAUUGUAUUUCGUGUGUGUGUGUGUGUGUGCGACUCAUGUUUGGGUACUGCUACAGUACUAAUAUAACCCUCUCCAAGGAAGCACACUAAGUGUUGGUGCAAUACUUAAACAACUGUAAAAAUUGUAACUUUUUCUCGUGACAUUCAGUUGAGCUUUGAAAGAGCGGAUGAGAGAUGAACAGAAGGGAGUUUAAAAGAGAAUUAUUAGUAUGUGAGGAUGGUGAGACUGAGAGAAGAUGUAUUGGUUUCCAAAUUGAGAGUCCAUGGACUUGAACUAUAGUUUUCAGAUGGUUUGACUUUUUGUGAUGCAGGCGUAUGCUCGGCAUGGUAGAUUCUUGAUUGCUUGAAACGCAUGAUCCCUCUGGCCUCUUGCUUGAUGAAGUUGCAUCACAUACUUAUAAAGAUGCAAACACAAUUUCGGGAUGCCUAAAAAGUGUCUACAGUACCUAACUGUCUGUCUCACUAAAGAUAAAUAUAUUGUACAGUGUGAAACUAGGCAUAAUACUAUGUCUAAUUUGAUAUAUUUACCUGUAGCAUAAAUCACGAGUGCUUGUAUUUUCUACAGAAGUGUGUGUUCCUCAUUGUUCAGUAGAAGACUUGUCAUAGUAGAGAAUAUCAUCCUGCCGUAGAACAUGUGUCAUAGUAGAGAAUAUCAUCCUGCCGUAGAAGACGUGUCAUAGUAGAGAAUAUCAUCCUGCCGUAGAAGACGUGUCAUAGUAGAGAAUAUCAUCCUGCCGUAGAAGACGUGUCGUAGUAGAGAAUAUCAUCCUGCCGUAGAAGACGUGUCAUAGUAGAGAAUAUCAUCCUGCCGUAGAAGACGUGUCGUAGUAGAGAAUAUCAUCCUGCCGUAGAAGACGUGUCAUAGUAGAGAAUAUCAUCCUGCCGUAGAAGACGUGUCGUAGUAGAGAAUAUCAUCCUGCCGUAGAAGACGUGUCAUAGUAGAGAAUAUCAUCCUGCCGUAGAAGACGUGUCGUAGUAGAGAAUAUCAUCCUGCCGUAGAAGACAUGUCAUAGUAGAGAAUAUCAUCCUGCCGUAGAACAUGUGUCAUAGUAGAGAAUAUCAUCCUGCCGUAGAAGACGUGUCAUAGUAGAGAAUAUCAUCCUGCCGUAGAAGACGUGUCAUAGUAGAGAAUAUCAUCCUGCCGUAGAAGACGUGUCGUAGUAGAGAAUAUCAUCCUGCCGUAGAAGACGUGUCAUAGUAGAGAAUAUCAUCCUGCCGUAGAAGACGUGUCGUAGUAGAGAAUAUCAUCCUGCCGUAGAAGACGUGUCAUAGUAGAGAAUAUCAUCCUGCCGUAGAAGACGUGUCGUAGUAGAGAAUAUCAUCCUGCCGUAGAAGACGUGUCAUAGUAGAGAAUAUCAUCCUGCCGUAGAAGACGUGUCGUAGUAGAGAAUAUCAUCCUGCCGUAGAAGACGUGUCAUAGUAGAGAAUAUCAUCCUGCCGUAGAAGACGUGUCGUAGUAGAGAAUAUCAUCCUGCCGUAGAAGACGUGUCAUAGUAGAGAAUAUGACAGUGAGUCAGAUGUGUUGAUAUCUUGCCAGCCUCUCUGAUACUGAGACUUAAUAUCAGUCUGUUGGCCAUGAGUCUGAAUUAAGAAACAUUCACAGAGAACAGGAGGCCUUCACUUAUUGUUUACGGGUGGUGUGGCCAUAGAAAUAUACUGUUCCAGAUGGUCAAAAGACCAAGGUCUGAGGGGCUUUGUCCCUUCUAGCGAUUAUAUUUCUAUGAGUGUAGCGCCUAUUUUGGGCAGUGAUAAUCAUUGAGCAAAAUGCCUCUUGUCCCUUUUUGCCUUCUAACAUAAAUCCACCUCCCUCCCUCUCUGUGAACUAGAUAUUUUCUCACGUCUCAUCUCUCCAACCUGGGAUGCAGAAGCUUUAUAGUCGUCAUCUCCUUUUUAAGGGAGUUUGUUUAUUAUAACAUUGUUUAUUUUAAUGGGGAGCUGUGUGAAUAUUUGUUUUGUAAUGUGGUGUUUGUGUUAUUGAGGUGUUGUUGGAGCAAGUUACUUGAAGUGGUUGUUCAUAGCUUCCUUUGUCUCUACCAUGUCAUGUGUGGUUUAGUUGAUCAUUAUGCUUAUUGUGUUGUCAUAUAAACUGAUGAAAAGACUAAUGAAGAGGUUGAAGCCCAAGAAAUAGGACACAGUAGCAUCUCAGAGGCCUGUUUUGCCACCAUUGACCUUAAUUUGAUGGAAUAUGUUUUAUGUUUUCUAUUCAUAUAUUUUUUAAAGAAAGUGUUCUGAAAAUGUAUGUUGGUAUAGGACAGGUCUGUUGGGCUUCUGUUAACUUGCCCUCUGAAAUUAAUUAAAAUCGGUUUUAUUUUAAAUUUG